GCUGCCGCUGAGUCUCAGUGCAGCGGUUGUUCUCUGAGUAACGGGACAGAGGUGAAUUAUUGCAGUUCACUUGCGCGCGACUGCGAGGGAAUACAAUGAAUAUUCCGAACAUCCGUGGAAUAAACAGCGCUAAACAACAGUCGAGCCAUUUCUCUUAACCAGACGCGCCUGGGAGCUUUUUGUACUCUUUGAGGAGUUACAAGUGAGUUUUGGAAUAACUUUGUUGGAUUUCUCUGUCUCUACUCCAAAAGCAUAAUCUUUCAGGAUGGAUGACGGACAAUGCCACUACAAUGAAACCAUAGCCUUUUUCUACAAUCGCAGUCAGAAGGAUCUGGCCAUGGACUGGAACCCCGUAAGCAAGCUAGUAAUGGGACUUGGGAUUACAGUGUGUAUCUUUAUUAUGCUAGCUAACUUGCUUGUGAUGGUGGCCAUCUACAUCAACCGCCGAUUUCACUUCCCAAUCUACUAUCUCAUGGCUAACCUAGCAGCCGCGGACUUCUUUGCCGGACUAGCCUAUUUCUACUUGAUGUUCAACACGGGACCCAAUACGAGGAGGCUAACGGUCAGCACGUGGUUGCUUCGCCAAGGCCUCAUCGAUACGAGCCUAACAGCCUCAGUUGCCAACUUGCUAGCUAUAGCCAUUGAGCGCCACAUAACUGUGUUCCGCAUGCAGCUCCAUACCCGAAUGAGCAAUCGACGAGUAGUUGUAGUUAUCGUCAUCAUCUGGACCAUGUCUAUCGUCAUGGGAGCCAUUCCUAGCGUGGGCUGGAAUUGCAUCUGUGCCAUAGAUACUUGCUCCAACAUGGCUCCCCUAUACAGCAACUCCUACUUGGGCUUCUGGGCGAUCUUCAACCUGUUGACCUUCGUAGUCAUGGUCGUUCUAUAUGCUCACAUAUUUAUGUAUGUACGUCAGCGAACCAUGAGGAUGUCCCGGCACAGCUCGGGUCAAAGGCGGAACAGGGACACUAUGAUGAGCUUGCUGAAAACAACUGUGAUUGUAUUGGGAGCUUUCAUUGUGUGCUGGACGCCUGGUUUGGUGCUUCUCCUGCUGGACGUGGUCUGCUCCAAAUGCAAUGUCCUGAGCUAUGAGAAAUUCUUCCUUCUUUUAGCGGAAUUCAACUCUGCCAUGAACCCUAUCAUAUACUUCUACCGGGACAAGGAGAUGAGCGUCACGUUCAAGCAGAUCCUGUGCUGUCAGCGGCAGGAGAAUGUUAACGGUACAGCAGAGGGUUCGGACCGGUCUGCAUCCUCCAUCAACCACCCGGUCCUGAGCAGCACGCACCAUAAAGACCAUUCAGUGGUCUGAGGCUCAACACGGCCCGGGAUCUUAGCAGAAGCGAGAAGAGACUUCGAAAAAGGCAUUUUCAUCAGCAAAAGACUUGUGGUUAUGAAGUUGUCUUUAUAAAGUUUUGACAUGAUAUUGAACUAUUUAAAGGCUGAUCCAAGAGGAUUUAAGUUUAACAAAAAUCGUAUUUGUUCCCGAAACGCCUUAAGUAUGGAAAAGUUGGAUGAGUAUUUUGGCUAGUUGUAAUUUUUUGGCCAGAUUGUUGUAAAUCGAGGAGUUGCGUGAGUUUUAGUCUUGUACAGCAGGUGUUGAAGGGAAGGGCGCAGUGUCGGGUGAAUCUGUCCUCAGUUUGCACUAGAAAGAAAGAAAGAGUGCAUGUAAGGGGCCGCUGGGAAAUAACUUUGGUGAAUUAUGCAAAGUACUUGAUUGUUUGCUUUUUGUUUUUGUUUUGUUUUGCACUGCAGGUUCAUCCCUAUGAUACCAAGCUGCCACCAAAAUGUACACCUAAAAAAAAAUACACUACUGGUCAAAAGUGUUUUUUUUUUUUUUUUUUUGGUCUAAUGAUUUUCAAGACUGCAUUCAUUAAAAAAAUACAGUAAAGCAAUAAUGUUGAUAAAUUUGGGGAAUUGUAUGGUAACUGUGAUACAUUACCACUCAAAAAAUAAGAUUAAAAGAGAGAGAGAGAGAAGAAAUAAAUACUUUAUACUUCAUUCAGCAAAGAUGCUGACAUUUUUUAUAAUAAAACAUAUUUCAAAUAUUUUUUUUUCUUUUUAAACUUUUUUUUUUCAAAGAAUGAAUUUUCACACAAAUAUUAAGCAGCAAAAAAUUGUGAGAGCAAACUUAAUUUUCAGAAUUUAUGAUAAGAAGAACUGUUAUUAAUAACUGAGCACCAAUAGUAACUGAUAACAACCGAGCAGCAAAUCAUCAAAUCAGAUGAUCACAGGAAUAAACAACGCUGUCUCACGACCAAUUCGUACGUAUUUUAUGAGGUGGCUAAUUCGUACGAAUUUGUACGACAAUUUGUCUAAACCCCAGUGCCGGUUAGGUUUAGGGGCGGGGUUAGGUGUAGGUCAUUCGCACAAAUUCAUACGAAUUGUGCAACUCAUAAAAUACGUAUGAUUUGGCAAAAAUCUUAUGAAUUUGUACGAGUGUGGUCGUACGAAUUCACAUUAAUAAGCCACCUUGCGAAAAAUGUACGAAUAGCCGUGAGAUCGGGUUGGAAUAAAUGACAUUUUACAAUAUAUCCAAAUAAAAUGAUAAAAUACAAAUAAAAUACAUUGUAAUAAUAUUUCAUAAUAUUACUGUUUUACUGUAUUGUCUUUUUAAAAAUGCAGCCUUGAUAAGCGUAGAUUGUAAAAAAAAUGCAUUCAAUAUUUUUUAUCUUAAAGUCAGCCUUUUUGUUGUUGUUGUUGUUGUUUAAUGAAUUAUAUUUAGUUUUCUGUAAAAUGUAUUCUUUACACUUUUCUAAAACAAAAUGAAGAUUCAUUUUAUGAAGGUCCAAUUUGUGGCCACCUAAUUGAUUCGUUAAUUUAAGUGAUGCAUCAUACCUAAUGUCAUGGCCUCAAUCGAAAUCAAAUGUCAUCAUGUUGAAAUAAUUUAAACAUUUCUUAUGAUUCAACAUGAUGGAAACUAAAUGAUCAAAAACGUCUUUGCUUCACAUACCACCAUAUAUAUGUAUGUAUGUAUGUAUAUAAUGUGUAUAUAUUCAUAUGUUAGUCAAAAAGGGAAUGUUUGUUGUUUAAAGUUUUGAAACCAAGGUAUAGCUAUUUUUUUAAUAUUGUUCUUCUUUAAAAUCUUUUCCAAACAUACAAAAUAACAUUUUGGCCAAACAUGGAAGGACUGGUGUUUUAGGACAGAAGCUUAACACUACAUACAGUGGCCCGAUAAAGUAUUUGAAUAUUUAAUCUACUUUUAACAAUAAAUAUGACACUUUUAUGAACUCCUCUGUAUCUGUACCUUGUUCCUUUGUGGACUGAAGGAGAACUUCAGUCAUUUGCUAAAGUAGCUUUUACACCAGUUGACAGAAUUACCAUAAAAAAAAUCAAAAAAAUAAUACAUUCAUAUAGAUUAAGUGUGAAUCGUACAUUUUCAAAAAGUGCAACUAUAAUGCUAACAUCUGUGAAAUUAACAGUUUCAUAUGAUGAAGAGUUGAAGUUUUUGUACUCUACGACAUGUUUAUUCAUGUUUGAAAUAGCAUUGUAUGUAAAGAACAUUAAUCCACUUUAAAAUGGCUGAAAUCCAAAGAUUCGCAAACUUGCAAACUGACAAAUGGAGGAGUUUUGGUUGAGAUGCUAUAUUUCUAAAACAUAUCAGUAUUAUCAGUAGCCUUACAAAAAAAUACUAACAUUGCCAUAAGUGUUACAGUGAAAACAUGCAUUGAUUCAAUGUGGACGUUUGAGUUCUUUAAGAACUGUUCAUGUUAUUUGUCUUACCAGGAAAACUACCUAUUAAACCUCUUUUCUUUUUUUCUUUUUUUUUUUUUUUGUUCGCAUCAUCCGAGCAGCAAAUGUUCCAGCCUUGUUGCGAGUCUUGUACUGUUGCGAAAGCGAGUUUGAAGCAGUCCAGUGCUUCAGAGAAGACAGCUGUGCUUGACAGGUCAUGGGCCGUAGGUUCAUUCUGGGUUGAAAAACGACAGUGUUUCCUUUUACAUUUCAGCAAAUGUGACCAUUUCAGAAAAGAUACUUGUGCCCUUAUGAAUUCUGAACUCUGAAAACCUGCAUGGUAACAUUCACUUAACAAUGUCAUUCAGUUAGUGAACCUUCUUAAAUAAAUCUGUAGUCAAAUCCUCA